AUGGCCAUCGACUCCAGCAUCUGGAUAUACCAGUUCCAGGCCACCAUGCGAGACAAAGAAGGCCACGGGCUCGUGAACGCGCAUGUAGUCGGCUUCCUGCGGCGUAUCACCAAACUGCUGUUCUACGGGAUCAAGCCCGUCUUCGUCUUUGAUGGUGGGGCUCCUGCUCUGAAGAUGGCAACUAUUGCGGAGCGCAAGAAUAAGAAGAUUGGAGCGGCCGCGAGCCAUGCCAAAGUCGCCGAACGUUUGUUGGCGGCGCAGAUGCGCCGGGAGGCGUUGGACCACGCAUUCGCCAAUAGCACCGAUGCGAACGGGAAGAAGAGGCCACCACCAGGUCGAAUCGACGACAACACAGUCUAUUUGGAGGAUAUCACUGGCGCUGCGCCCACUACCCCGGCCAAACCUGCCAACCCUGACACUUCGCGGCCUACGCCGUUGUCCUCUGGCAAGAAGUCUAAAUGGCGCGAUCACGAUCCAUACAGGCUCCCAGAGGUCAACAUGGAUGCCGCUGUAGCGAAGGCCACCGCCGGCGUCGCGCCUGAUCCCCGGCUUGCCACAGAGGAUGAGCUGCGCACUUUCAUUGAGGAAAUGCGGCCGGAGGAUUUUGAUGUCAACUCUGAAGCAUUUCGUGAACUCCCUACGGAGCUGCAAUACGAGAUUAUUGGUGAUCUCCGCCUGAAGUCCAGACAAACCUCGUACAAGCGUCUUCAAAGCAUGCUCAAGGUAUCAAAAACGCCCCUUGACUUCUCAAAAGAGCAGAUCAAGAACCUAAAGCAGCGGAACGCUCUGACGCAACAGCUCCUUGUGACGACGGACGGCAUUGGUAAAGCGCACAUCACUAUUCCAGUUAGGAUUGCGAGCGAGCGCAACAAGGAGUACGUUCUCGUCAAGAACGACGGCGUCGAUGGUGGAUGGGUGCUCGGGAUCCGUGACGACGGCACUGCUGUGAAGCCCAUUGAGAUCGACCCAACACCAAAGGUUGAGCCAGUGACCGCAGCGGUCGAGAACAGCGAGGACGAAGAUGACGAUAUGGAAGAUCAGCCAGACGUCCCUGGGUCAGCUAUUGACGCGUUGUACGAUCCUGACCUCAGAGAAUUCCGUAGAGGUCAGGCACUCGCUGCUCUAGCCGCCCGGUACACACCAAAAGGGUUAGCACCACUUGUAUCGAAGACAACGACAAAGAAGAGCCAACCACUGUUCGCGCUGGAAGACGACGAACUCCCGCAACUGGAAGACCUGGACGAUCCCGAGCUAGCUUUCGCGAUGGAAGAGUCAGCGCAACUCGAGGAAGAAGCGGCCUUGCGUCGAGCCAUCGAGGAAUCCAAGCGUAUUGCUGUUGGCCCGUCGAAGAGGGGGGAAUCGUCGUCAUCGGCAGCGAAGGCCCAUUCAAGUCCGGGAAAAACUCGCACUUCUCAGUGGCACGCCGUUAGCAAUGAGUCGGACAACGACGACGACCUCUACGCUUCACCUACCCGACUGGAGACGGCUCUAUCCAUCGGCGGGGCAGCCCCUCGUCGCCCACCAAGGUCGCAGGCUAACGAGCCGUCGCCGUUUCUCGUAACCUCUUCCUUCGGUAUACCAACUCUUCUCCUCGGUCCAACAAAUCCGAUGUCCUCUCCUUCAAAGCCCUCUGAAAUAUUGCCCGCGGAUUCGGAAGAAGACGAUAUGGAAGAGGUCCCUGUCAUCAACGUGUUAACAGACGACGCACUUCCAACCUCCACCCCCACCGCAAUUGAAAGGUCAACCGCACCAAUCAGCGUCGAGUCGGACCAUAGCGACGACAUGGAGGUCGUGGAGCCUGUCCAGGUUUCUCCGGCACGCCCAGGACCAGCGCGGCUUUCGACCGACCAAAUUUUUGCAAACGACGCGGCUCGGCUCACCAUAAGGUCGCGUCCCACAACUCCCCCAGCGCCGCGGCUCACGGAAUCUGCGCCAAUCCUUCUUUCCCAUACUCACCCUAUUGACGUCGACGCGAUGGAUACUGUUGGCGUCCUUCGCCCUCCAGAUGCUACUUCUGCCCCGGUGUCAACAUAUCCUACUAUUGUCGUCGCAUCUCGCGCAACGCCGCCUGAGACAUCCACUCCGGCCUCUCCUGGCGUCCCGACUUCGAGACACGAGGUUUCUUCGGACUCUGAAGACGAGCAAAUUCCAUGGUCUCGCUCCCCUAGCCCCACUUCCCGGGCUAAGGGGACCCCCAAGGAAGCUCAGGAACAAGGCUGGGAUGCUGCUCACGAAAUGGAUCCGCACGCGGAAGAGGAUGAGUAUACUCGUUUCCUGUCGCAAGUGAGGGGAAAGGACGUCGACUCCAUCCGCCGCGAAAUCGACGAGGAGAUCCGUGAACUGAACAAGCAAAGGAAGAACGCCAUGCGUGACUCCGAAGACAUCACCCAGCAGAUGAUAUCGCAGAUUAUGAUCAUGCUCCGCCUUUUCGGCAUCCCGUAUAUCACCGCCCCGAUGGAGGCGGAGGCGCAGUGCGCUGCGCUCCUCUCCCUCGGCCUCGUCGACGGCAUCAUCACGGAUGACUCAGACGUCUUUCUUUUUGGGGGCGCGCGCGUACUCAAGAACAUGUUCAACCAGUCCAAGACCGUCGAGUGCUUCCUGCUCCCCGACCUCGAACGCGAGCUUGGGCUCGACCGCGACAAGCUCGUCCGGCUCGCGUACCUCCUCGGGAGCGACUACACCGACGGCCUACCGGGGGUGGGCCCGGUGGUCGCGAUGGAGCUCCUGAGCGAGUUCCCGGGCAACGAUGGGCUGCACAAGUUCAAGGCGUGGUGGACGAGGGUGCAGAGCGGACGGGACAAGACAGAAGAGAGCGCGACGGGGUUCCGGAAGCGGUUCAAGAAGAAGUUCAAGGAGCUGUAUUUGGCGGACGAGUGGCCGAACCCGUCGGUGAGGGACGCGUACUAUCACCCCACGGUAGACGAGUCUACAGAGCCGUUCAAGUGGGGCAUGCCCGACCUGGACGCACUCCGGGGCUUCUUCAAAUCCGAGCUCGGCUGGGACCAAACGAAAGUCGAUGACCUGCUCCUCCCCGUCAUCAGCAAGAUGUCCAAGCGCGCGCAAGGGACAUCCACGAACGCACAGGGCACGCUCUCCGGCUUCUUCGAUGUGCCGCUCGGGGCGAACGCAGCCCCGCGCAAACGGCAGGCCUACGCGAGCAAGCGGCUGCAGCAGGUCGUGUCCGACUUCCGCAAGCAGCAGGCCAAGCUACGGGGCUCGGCAACGCCUGCUCCCCUUGGGAGAGAAGGGAGCGAGGAAGAGGAGCAGACUUCGGCGAGACCGGCGAAGAAGCGGAAGAGGAGCGGAGAAACGACGAGGGGGAGAGGGAGGGGAAAGGCCAAGGCCAAAGCAGCUGAGGGCGAAGUCGACGAUGCCAGCACUCCUUCCUCAUCGGGGAGGGGCGGCAGAGGGAAGGGGAGGGGACGGGGAAGAGGAGGGGCUCGCGCAUCGAAAAAGCGGGCUCGAACUCCUUCGGAUAGCGAGGAAGACGCGUUUGUGCCGGAUGAGCAGGAUGGGCCUCCCACUGACGGGGCUCCCAGUCGGGAACAGCUUGGACUGAGGCCUCGGCCCAAGCCUCGACCAGUGCGCAAACCGCCAAACGCACAUCCGGAGGACCAGAUUGGAGACGUUGCUUGA